AUGAGCGAAGAUCCCAUCCCCUCGUCCUUUGACAGCUCACCCCAAUUUAAAGAAGAGACCGAUUUCCAAAAGUUCCGUCGCCGGUUGACGGAGGAGCCAUUAAUUCCAUUAGGAUGCGUCGCAACCUCUUACGCCCUGUUCCGCGCCUACCGGUCGAUGAAAGCCGGCGAUUCCGUGGAGAUGAACCGGAUGUUCCGGGCGCGAAUCUAUGCGCAGGCGUUUACGCUGGUGGCCAUUGUGGCGGGCGGGAUGUACUUCAAGACGGAACGACAGCAGCGGCGCGAGUUCGAGAAGGUGGUCGAGGCACGGAAGAGCCAGGAGAAGCGUGACGCCUGGUUACGCGAGCUGGAGAUCCGCGAUCGGGAGGAUAAGAACUGGAGAGAGAGGCAUGCGGCCAUCGAGGCGGCGGCAAAUGAGGCGGGCAAGGCUUCGGUUCCUACUGCUUCCACUGUUUCUGUGUCGGAACCUUUGCUGCAGGAUACACCCGAGCCAGAGCUACAGCCGACAGCGGAGAAGAAGCCCGGGGUGUUGGAUGCGGUGAAAUCAUUGGUAUGGGGGAAAGGGAACUGA